GAGAGUGUGUGAAAAGGAACCUAUAACAACAGAAUACGGAGUUUACAGUUGCCGGAGCUCAGUUGUUGUCAGCAUCUAGUACUGUAAAUGACACAUAGUAAUACUGUACUGUACUACAACUUUCAAAACGCCCUUUGACGUCACCGCGCUAUCGGAUAUGCGUGAACUUAAAUCUUCAGCAAAUGGAAAUUCUCAUCACAGUGCGCGUUUGCUUUGAGUCAGGUCCACUGCACUGAAAACACAAAAGACAUGUUAGCUGUCCAGGGACUGUGUUUUAUCUUGCUCAUGGUGGGUCUAGUGCCCUACAGUGAAAGUACUGACACUGGCUGUGAUGUCUGGACUCUGUCUGAUCAAGAUGUCUGCUGCAAUAAAUGCAAGCCAGGGAACCGCUUGGUGACUAGGUGUGGAAAAGACCCACAAUUGCUCUGUACUCCCUGUGAACCUAAAAGCUACACAACCCAUCCUAACAGCUACUUCUGUCUUAAAUGCACCCAGUGCAUAGGUCCCCAGUUUACGCUUAAACCAUGUAAUAUCAGCAGUGACACGGAGUGUGGAUGUAAGAAGGGAUAUCGCUGUGGAAACAAAGAAUGUUCUUUCUGUGUUACGGAAUGUGGGGAGGGUGAGGAGCCCACCGAUCAGCGAUCAUGCAGAAAAUGUUCACAAGGAACAUUCAAUGACGAAGUCCACAGUAUGUGCAAAAAAUGGAGAAAAAGUUGUCCAGAGGAACAUAUUUUGGUGCCCAAAGGAAAUGCGUUUAAGGACCAUGAGUGCAGAUCUUUGGAUGUAGAAUCAACAAAAGACCCCUUAAAUGUGGUUAAAAAAGGUGAAACAAAGUUUGCAAUCAGUCCAGUUUGGACUGCUGGAGGUAUGGCAGGAUUGGGAGUCCUUUGUAUCAUAAUAUCGGUGGUUGCAUGUGUACAGGCACAAAACAAAACCAAGAAGAACCUGAAAACUGAUAUACCUGAAGAGGUCUCAGAGUUUUCCAGGAAUAUGAUAGUGGAACAAGAGGCUUGUAGUUUCCACCACCCCGAGCAGGAACAGGGAGGAAGCUCAGAGUCCAUCAGUACUCAAGAUUCGGAGAGUAAACUCAUUGUGUGAUUUCACUGGACCACUCC